AUGGAGAAGAUCGUAUCCUUAAAUUUCAGAUAGAACUGCCAAAAAUUCAAAAAAUUCGCUGAAAUUAAAUCAGGGACAUUCGGAACUGUUUGUAAAGUCUAAGAUUUGACUAAUGGAUAGAUGGUUGCACACAAAUAACAAGACUUAAAAAAGUUAAUUACUGAUCCUUCAGGAAUAUCUAGAAGUUCACUCAGACUUAUUAGAGAAAUCGCAUCUUUUUCUUUACAUCAUCCAAAUAUUUUGGAGACAAAAGAAGCAUAUUUCGAUGAUGAAAACAACUUUAUCAUAAUAAGUGAACUAGCAGAAUAAGAUUUAGAAAAGUAUAAGAUGGCCAGGUCGAUGAGUGCAUCUGAAAUUUCGUUCAUAAUGCUAUAAAUAAUAGAAGGAUUAGAUCACGUUCAUAAAAAAGGCUUUAUACACAGAGAUAUUUCCCCUGAAAACAUUUUAGUUUUCAAAGAUGGUAUUUUUAAGAUUUGCGAUUUCGGCGUUGCUGCUUAAGGGGAUUCUACUUAAUAAUUCACUGGGAAACUAAAUUACAUGGCGCCUGAGGUUAAAUUUGGAGAGGAAUACGAUAAAAAUGCAGAUAUUUGGUCUCUAGGCAUGCUACUCUAUUAUCUUUGCUUUGGUGAUUCUUAAUUAAAAGAAAUAAACAUCUAAAGGAAGAAUAGUCAGUAAGUUGAAAUGGAAGGAUUUCCCUAAUUUGAAGACAUCUUUAAUAAAAUGACUACAUAUUCAAAUAAUGAUAAAUAAGCUAGAUUUUCCUUAUAGUAAUUGAGAUAAGAUUUCAAAAAGCUAGUUAACUCAUCACAAUAUUUAGAGUACUAGAAAAUGCUUCUUAAUUACUAACUUGAAUCCAUAAAGCAAUCAAACUAAUAGAAUCAUAAGUUAUACUGUGAGUACCUCUAAAUUCAUGAAAACUUCGAUGAAUUAUUAAAAUGCGAUGCAAUUCAGGAAUAAAUCAAAAAAUUUUAAAAGGAUUCAUUAUUCCAACAAGAAUAGAUCAAGCGUUAUAUAGUAGAUAAAGCUGCAGAAAAAAUUAAACUCUAAAGUAAAGUUUAAUCCUGCGAAAUAGUAAUAUAAAAGAAAAGUAAUGAAAUGAUUUAACAAUUGAAAAAAUAAUUGGCAGAGUAGGAACCUUAAUUUAGAAAAGAAUUUAAAAGAUUAGUUGAGCCUUAUGUCAACCAGGAUCAGCAAUAAUAGAGAUUGUUAUUUAAACUUUAAGGAUAAUGCAGUCUACUUUAUAAAGCCUCAAAACAUGGGUUUACAGCGAGUGAUUUCCACUCUAGAUGCGAUAACCAAGGCCCUUCCAUAACAUUUAUAUUAAGUGAUCACGGUAAAGUAUUCGGUGGUUACACAUCAGUUCCUUGGAAAACUCCCGAAUUACAUUAUUAAGCACAGAAAGACAGUACAGCUUAUAUUUUUUCAUUGACUGAAACUACUCUACAUCCAGUUAAUUAGAACUUUGUUGAUCACGCUAUUGGCCAUUACAAGAAAUAGAUUUUGCAGUUCGGAUUAGGUGACAUUCAAAUUGAAGAUUAAUGUAAUUUGAAAUAUACCAACUCAUGUAAUAUUGGAAGCACAUACAAGCCUCCAAGUGGUUACAAAUAAGGAGAUUAAAAGAUAAAAGAGUACUUGGCUGGAGCAAAUAAGUUUCGUGUGCUAGAAAUAGAGGUUUACAAAAUUGAAUAAUGA